ACCUCCAUCAUCAGGUGAUUGAUGAACUGGAAAGGAAGCACACUCUCAAGCGGAAAUCGAAGUUAUUAUCCUUGACCGGUCUGUCGGAUAUGAUCAAAUCCAAGCUAAAUGAUGGCAGAAAGGUGCCCAAUCCGAAUCUACGCCCAAGAGGUUCUAUAUUAAAACCAGAGUUGAGUAGUGGUGAGUUGCCUGACACAGUUGAGAAUCAAGAAGAAGGACAAGAACGACGAGUUCGAUUUUCUGAUAGAGUAAAAAAAGGUAAAGCGAUACCCUUAUCAGAAUAUGCCCGAACGCCUUGGCCGACCGAGAAGUUCAAUACCACUAGUUAUAACAAUAUGGUGAAGUGGAUGUCGGAUUAUAAGAGGAUCGAGAUGAAGGUGCAUGCGGACAGUAGUGAGUAUACACACUACCUAGAAUCUAUUCGGUAAUCCAAGCUGUCCAAGUAACGGAUAAUACACGAAUAAUGUAUGCUGCUGCUCUACUUUCCGCAAUCUGGGUUGAUCAGCUCUGACAGUGUCCCCCAUUUUAGAGUAGGUAGGAAGCAAGGCUAGCUCCUAGAUGCCGCAAUAUCGCUCGCGUGUAGUUAACGCAAACCGCGUAUAUUGAAGAACAGGAGCACUUGAAGAAGGUCCUUGUACGCCACCAUACCUGCAAUCGUGCAAAAGGCACGGAGAUGUUUGCGAAUUCUAUGUACGAACUUAUAGAUAUCCGACGUACAUAUUGUAGUCAGACCUCUCAUUCAAAGUUAGCUGUUCUGCCACUGUAGAUAUUGCUCAAACGUAUCUACCGCGGAAGCAUUUGGAGUCAGAAAGUAGUUUUGUUCUCGACUGGCACUUUCAAAGUAAACAGAGUAUUUAUAAACUCUAAGAGACAGUACUGCGUAAAGUCACCCAUGGUGGCAAAAGGAGCAUAAAAUAUCACUCAAUCUGCCUAAUAAAGUCACUCGUAUAGUAGCAAGGCGUUUUGUGCCACUUGCUAGUUCAUGCGAUCGCGAUCUUCAUCAUCAUAAUUUACC